AUGUCCAGCGCAUCGCAUCUACCAGGCGUCCCGGAGGCACAGCCAGCGCCAUCAUUGCUCUUAAACAACGCCAACGAUGCGGGCCGGCCACCGAGUCACCUAAUAGGCGCGUGCAGCGUCGUAGCUGUCGUCCCCAGGUCGCUUGCAAAAGCGCGCCGCGAGGCCCUAACCAGCUUCGCUGCUGCUGCAGACAGCCAGCAGUCAGAGCCUAUACUGCAUCGCCAGACACUGGCGCAGCCGCCGGGGUUUGAAGAGUUCCAGCUAUCCUGGUACGCGCAGGCGGCUGUGGUUUGCCAGCCGGAGCCUGCCACAGCGGCUGCCGCCUUUUCUGCUGCUGCCACCGCUGCUAGCGCCACGGAGCCUUCAUCACACAUAGCAGGAGGUUCUGGCGGAAAGCGUCGUGGCCGACGCAGUGCUGCUGUUGGGCGUAGCUGUGGGGAUGGCGGCGGAGCCUCCAGCGGCGGCGGCGGUGAUGGCGGUGGCGAUGGGACAUGUACUGCUCGCCUGUGCUACACCUACGAGGGUUCGCCAUCAGGAAUGUCUGAACCGGCGGAACGGGGUGUGAAGCGAGCCCCCUGGGAUGAGUACGGCAUCGAGCUGCUGGAGGUGACCUCGGCGGGAAACAGUGGCCAAGGUGUCCUGCUGUACGGCCACACCAGCAGCCUCCACGUCGGUGUCCUUCCUCCCUGGAGACUGACCCACGUGGUACUGGGCCUGUUCCUGGAUGCGCGGCCGCUACAAGCGCUGCAGUCGCAGCUUGCCCUGGUGGGGGACUUCAGGCCGUUGCCCCGCCGCCUGGCCGAGCUGGGCCCCCCUGUUGAGAUGCAGCUGGUGCAGGCAGCCCUGACGGGUGCACUGGCGAAUGCCAAAGAGCAGCUGCACACCGCGAUUAUGACCCACGGGUCAGCUGCUGCUGCUUUCCAUACCGGCAGCUUCCUCAUGGGCCGCCUGGAGGUGCAGCUUACCGCCACUGUGCCGGUUCUUGUGGAUUCGUUGUCAUCCAUUAUCAAGCGAGCCUGCAAUCCCAAUCUGGCAUCGUACGCCUGCCGGUUGCUCGACUGCAAAGCGAGUGGCCUCUCGGAUGCUCUGUAUGGCAAGUUGUACGAUAACAUUACUCAGCAUGUGACCGCGGGAGUGGAGGCUAAAGAAGCGGCGAAGAUGCGGCGAAAGCGCACUCGCGGCCAGGGUGGAGGCCAUGCCACCGCGGGGGCCCCAGCAGAGGAUGUCGGCACUGGCGACGGCAUCUGUGGUGACUGCGGGCGCCCGCCGUACGAGCUACUCCCUGAAGGCGGCGAUAUGCUCCUGCUGGAGGCAAGUGGCAACGGGCCUGAGGAAGACACGGCGGUGGGAGAGUGGACCAGCUACCGGGAUGGGGAUAAGGUGCUGCAUGGCGGGUGGGACACGUACAUGUCUGCCCAAGCAGGUGAUGGAGUGGUGGCACCUGGGAAGGAGGAGGAUACUCGGGCGAACUGGAUCAAUAAUAUCUCCAUCCUCCGGAGUCGAACAGUCGACUCCUGA